UUCAUCUCCGUCUCAUCACCUCUCUCAUUUUUUCUCAUUUUAGAUGAUGAUUGAUUGGGAAUAGAACAAAUAGGAAGCCAUGCCCCUCUCCCUCUCUCUAGGAAAAUAAUUGUUGACCCACUUCUUCCUUCAAUUUUCUGACGAUGUGAGACCAUCACCGCCACCCCCUCCAGCUACUCGCCGCUGUCACCUCCCUUCCCAUUUACUCAGUUAUCUGAAACGAUGGAAGCUGAAGCAGCGUUUGAAGGGCAGGGCGUCUCCUGUUUCCACUCCUCUCCGCCUUUAGCAGCAGCUGCUUAAAUCCUGCUCCUUCACAUGUGCUUUUAUUUUUAUUCUCUUCAAUAAUUCUCACUUUUACUUUUUAUACCAUCACUCCAUGUGCUAAAUCAACUGCCUUCUUCUUCUUCUUCUUCUGUAACAUGAAAAUUGAAAACCUACUGUUAACGAUAUCAAGCUGAAAUUACGCAAUUUUGGCACUAAACCUUGAUUUUUUGUAUCCCACAUCGAAUUCCUACUGAAUAAAUGUGAGGUACAUAAACUGAUAGAUUCGUGAGGCAAUCACGACCUUACUUGAACAGGAUCUGUUCUAUAGGCUCGUACCUCUGUAUCCUUGAUUUCUAAGGAGACAGGAAACCACGUCUGGUGGAUGAACCAUGCCUGCCUGGCUAGAGCGUGAUUAACAGCCACUCGGGUUGGCUCUCCAGCUCGUUGUGCAGUAGAUGAUCGUUCUUGGCUCGACUCUGGUCCAGCUAGGAUGGUUGGGCAGCUGUCUGACAGACUUAUAUAUAUCUUUUUGUUUUCUAAACUUUUGAUCAUAUUGAUAAUAAUCAUGAGAGGUGCUCUCUCAUUCAAUUUGUUUGAUAAUCCCCUAAUAAUGGCAGCCUCCCUGAGUGUGAGAUUAUAUCUGUGUUUAUUUGAGGUGUGGCAUUUGAUAAUGAUAGUCAUGUAUUAUUGUUAAUAAGGUGUUAGCAUCUAUUGGUAAUUAUGGUCAUCGAAAUAAUAUACUACAUCUUUUGGGAAACUAGAUGCAUUUUGUUACUAGGCUUUUUGAGUCCUGUGCUGAAUAUAAGAUGCCAAAUAUACUGUGUUAGGGCAACUAAGCUGGUUUGUGCGCAAACGAAGCUGGACAUGGAGGAUGGUUAUCCAUCCAUUGUAGCAGUUAAGGUAGCAAGAAGAGCAAUUUUGGGGAUUGUUGGAGUUAAUGUGGUCCUUGGUAGUUUUUGUGCUGCACCGAUGCAGGACAUGAAAGAACCAGAUGUUCUCAGGACACUGAAGCUUCCUAGUGGGGUCAUAAUACAAGACAUAGUUGAAGGAAAAGGGCAAGAAGCUGUCGAAGAAGAUACCGUGCAGUUCAAUUAUGUAUGCAGGAGGCCAAAUGGAUAUUUUGUCCACAGCACCGUCAAUCAGUUCAGUGGAGAAAGUUCUCUAGUCAUACUCCGUCUGGGUGACGAGCAGGUUUGCAUACUCGAUACUUUUGUGGAGGAGAAGAAAGCACUCUAUAUUGGAAAUGUUGUUUCUCAUGUUAUUUUGAUUUACUUGUGGAAAUCACCGAUGAUAAAAGGUCUCAAGGAGGUUUUGAGUGGAAUGAAGGUUGGAGGAAAACGACGAGCUUUAAUACCUCCUUCGGUCAGUCGGAUAUACUAGCAAAGCUUUACAAGUUACAACCAAUUCCUGAAGAGUUUGGUCCUCGUCGAAGCCUUCUGUCUCAUGCGAAGGAGCCUUUAAUUUUCGAGGUGCAACUCUUGAAGCUUCUUUGAUUAAUCUUUCCUCAGAUCAAACUAAUACAUUGAUUCCGUUCAUAUUACAUUGGAUUUUAUAUAAUAUAUAUUUAUAAAUUAAUUUUUUAUUAAGUAAUUAAAUUUAUAUAUAAUUAGAAUUGAGUUGACUUUGAUUUACUCAUAUAUUUGAGAACAAUAUCAAGUAUGACUUUUUACGGGGAUUCAUAAUUAUAUACUAAUUGUGAUUAUGUGAAUUUUUCAAUAAAAAUUGUGAACUAUAUCCCCAUUUUAUAUGUUAGUUUCUUAAAGAAUUAAGUAACUAAAGUGUUUGUAUUAAAUAUGAUACUACUAACCAAAUUUAGGUAUCAAAAUUAAUAGUACUAGGGAUCAAUUUUUUUUAUAAAGUAUAUAUAAUAAUACUUUUUUAAUUGUUUACAAUUUCAUUAGUUAUAAUUGAGUUGAUUAUGAUUUAUUUCUACUAAAUAAGAUAAUGUUUUUUAUGACUUUGGGUUUUAUUUCUUUUUUUUAUGCUUUUCAAAAUAUUAUGUUUAUGAAUAUUAUGUUUUAGGGUUUUCAGAUUUGAUUUGUUUGACUUUUUUUAUAAUGUAAUUUUUAAAUAUUUGUGUGAGGUAAAUUCACAACUCAUACAAAAUGUUUCAUCUUUAUUCUUUCUCCACUCAACUCACAAAAUAAAAAUGUUUAUAAUAUCUUUCCGAAAUACUUUAUUUAGAGUGAGAUGGUACGAUCUAGAGUAUUACAAAGUGUAUAUAAUGAUAUUAUUUCUUAUUUAUCUACUUUGAAUUUGUAGUAUGUAAUAAGUAAAAAUCAUAUGACCCAUGAGUCGAGAAGGGAGAAGUAUGAAUCCGUUAGAUUACCUUUUACGCAAUCAAACUAUUAGUUUGUUGCAAUCAUUCUAAGUUUUGUUUUAUUAAUGAGAAUGCAUAUUUUUGUUGAUAUCAACUUAUGAAAUACUCUCUCCGUCCCAAGGAAGAUGACUCAUUCUUUGGGGGCACAGGAAUUUAUGCAGUUUUAUUUUGUAUGUCAGAUAGAGAGAAUUAAGCAAGAAAAUGUAAUAAAGUAGAGAUAGAGGGGAUUAUGUUUUUAGUAAGGGUUCAUCUUGGGUGGGACAAACUACUAAAAACGAAAUUGAGUCGUCUUCGGUGAGACGGAUGAAGUAUUAAUUUAUUGAAAUUGUCUGAUGACUAUUUUAUAUUCUUUUCAUUUUAAAUGUGAAAAACAUUGUACUCCCCCCGUUCCAACUAAGUUGAGUCGUAUGCCAAGCAAUAGUUGAAGGACAUGGCCAAGAACUGUGGGCAUUAAUUGGUUCUUACGCACUAUGGCUGCUCCAAUUUUGAAAUAUCCAUGAUACUGAAGUUUCCAAGUAGGGUAAUAUUUAAUAUAGCUGAACAUAUAUCACCUUCAUUAAUCAAAGUCACAAUUGUGUUUUAACAUAGCAAGUGAAUAUCCUUGCCUAUCCUUAUUGAAAUUGUAUUCCCACAUCGAAUGUAUACAGCAAGGUUGAGCAGACCACGUGGUAUAAAAUCAUGGGCCAGCCUAUGGAAAACUCAUACCUUUCUCGGCCUUUUGGCUAAGAUCAAGUGUAGUAUCUGUUCUUAUCAGUUUAAUAUCUGAUAUGUGGAUCAUCGGUCCACACGAUAUUAAAUUUAUUUAUUGAGGGGGAAGUCCCAUCAAAGUAGCUUGCUACUUGGGCCUUCGUGUGUCGCCCAUGCGUUGCACUACUGCUUGGGCCUGGCGCACCCCACCAAUUUUAGUUUAAAUAAAUGAGUUGUGGCAUUUUAAAAGUAUGAUAUGUAUUGUAGUUAGGGAAGUGAAGGUGGUUUGUGUGAAACUGUACAAGGUGAAUUAUUCCAAAAGAAACGGUAUUUAGAGAUGAACAUGUAUCACCUCCAUGAUUUAACCUGUGUUUUAGCAUCAUUCUGGACUUUCAGCUGAUUUUUGUAACUGAGUUUACUACAAUCUUCCAACUACUACUUGAUGUAGAGAUAUUACAUAGCUAGCUCCCUUGAUAGCUUUUUACAAGUUUCUUAAUCCUAUGUACAUAUGUUUGAUAAUCCACAAAAAUGUGAUUGUUAGUGUCCCACAUCGAAAAUACAAAGGCGUAUGUUAUAUACUAGUACUACUUAUACGCUUUAGUUUUUCACUUUAUUUUAUUCUUUUAGAAAAGCGAAGAUAACUAAAGGUGACUGUUAGAAGUUACACUAUAUUUCGUCCAAUUUAUAAUUUUCUCACUAUUUCCAAUAUAUUGUGAUUACCAUUGAUAUAACAUGUUGAUUAUUUUGCAAUAAUAUAAAGUAAAAUUUGUUUGGUGCUUAGGAAUAUAUAGCCACAAAUUAACAACUGUCUUUACAUCAUUCAUUUUUAAUUUAGUUUCAAAUUUCGAGCAUUUUACAGGAUAGCUACAUUCACAUAAAUAGGUGGUAUUUCAAUUAGAAACUAUAUGUAUCUCACUUAGACAAGUAACAAUACACAUUUUUAAACUUUUAUAUUUGAACAUUUUAUUUUAAGGAUUAGAAUAAUGUAUCAAAAAUUAAAAUGAUAGAUAUAACUUUCAAAUAAUUAGUUAAAACAUAUCUUUCAUUAGAAGUUUAGUAUCUUAACUUAAAAAAAUGUAAUAUAUCGGUUGAUGAGCUAUUUGAUUUAACAUAUCUUCAAUCGAAUUUUUUUGGACUACAAAUGUAUAGAGGUAAUUGAAUUGCAUUGGGUUAUUGAAUUAUGUGGGCCCAUCAAUCGAUAAGCAGAGGUGUUGGGCCUCUGGGUAGAGGUAGAUUGUAUGAAAUGUGUUGGUUGUAAUUGAAGGAAGCUCAAGAGUUUGAUCAUCUCCGACUUUACCUUUAGCAGCUCAAAUCCCACUUCAAUUAGUCAAUACUUGUUACUUUUCCUUAUACAUUCCAAUUUCCUUAGUUACACUGUGAGCAUUAAUUAACAUCCCACAUCGAAGCUCAAUUGAAUAACUGACAAGUACAUAAAGUGAUGGCAGUGUGAAGUAGGCACGACCUUACUUGAACAGGAUCUGUUCUAUAGGCUCGUACCUCUGUAUCCUUGAUUUCUAAGGAGACAGGAAACCACGUCUGGUGGAUGAACCGUGGCUGCCUGGCUAGAGCGUGAUUAACAGCCCCUCGGGUCGGGUUUCCGGCUCGUUGUGCAGUAGAUGAUCGUUCUUGGCUCAACUUCGGCCCAGUCAUGAUGGCUAGGCAGCUGUCUGACAGACUAUUAUCAUUUUGUUUUCCUGGACUUUUGAUCUUGAGAGGUGUUCAAGUCAUGGCUAGGCAGCUCGUUGCACACAGCUAAGGCUUAUAUUUGAGAUCCCCAUGAGAGGUGUUCUGAUUCAGUUUUUAUAAGUUUAGCUGGUAAUGGCAGCUUGGUGGUGAAGUGAUAUCUGUGUUUGUUUCAGAUGUGCAUCAGUUCAUAUGUAGUCAUUGUAAUAGAGUUAUGGCAUUUGAUGAGUUUGAUAGUUAUUGUAGCUUCAUUUUAGGUCCUAGCCUCUACGGAAGAUUACACUUCAGUGUUACACAGGAAGUGAAGGUGGUGAAAAACAAGUAUCCUAUACGUGUUGAGAUUUCAAAUCGAGUUGUCAACUUGUGUUUUUAAUCGAAUUUGGCUAUGAUUUCUUCAAA